AUGGAGCGGUCCGGUCGGCGGUCAAAGGCGGGUUCGCUGAGUGGAUUGUCUGGCGGGUUCCCCAAUGGAGUCGCGAAUUCGGGGAGUGUACGCCGUCAGCGCUCGCUAGAAUGGAGUGGUGAUAGAUAUAGCAGCAGCGACGAUGACCGUCCCCAGAAGCAGAUUGAUGAUCGGGUGUUUGCUUCUCUUCUGGCUCAGGCUACGCAUCAAUUCGACAGUGAUGGUGAACAUCGUGAACCGGCCUGA